AUGAAAAUAAGGAAAACAACAAGUGAUUCCAUCCAUUUAAUUACUAUGAUAUUAUCAAUAUUCGUUUCAAUAACUUCAUGUUCUUCUUCUUCUGCUUCUCCUUCGCAUUCCCAUUCCCAUUCAAAUUCACAUUCACAUUCUACUUCCAUUUUGAUUUCCUCUCUGCUGACUUCAACUUUACCAAAUAUACAUAUUAAAAAUGAUAUAAAUGAAUUAACUUAUUUUGAUUUAUCAUCAAUCACCACCAACACCGUAUACAAAAUAAAUAACGAUCAAGCAUUAAUAUAUGAAAAUAAUCAAUGGAUACAUGUUCAAACCACAUCAACACCCAUCACUCAUUCUAAAUUUAUUCCAAUUUCUCAUUGUUUAAAUCAAAAAUGGGGUGAUGGAGGAGCAAUUGAUUUCCAAACCACAACAAUCUAUACUAUGAUUAAUACAUUUGAUUUAGCAUUGACAUUAAGUAUAAUAUUUUAUUAUGAGAAAUUAACUCAUACUUGGGAAUUCAGUAAAGUAUUAACAUUAAGAGAUAUAUAUUAUUGUAAUGUUUCUCCAGGAGAAAUUGGACAAAUUUGGAUUGAUUUACAAUAUCAUGAAUUUAAAAAUAUUAAAUAUCGAUUAUUAUUAGAAAAUUCAUCAAAUAAUAAAAUUAAAUUAAAUGAAAACAAGUGGAAGAAGAAAAAGAAAUUGAAAUUGAAAUUUGGCAAAUGGAAAAAAAUUAGUAAAAUAUUUUUAUUAAAUGGGAAAAAACUGCCAAUUAUUCGUUGUAUAACAACAACUAAUAAUGAUAAUAAUGAUAAUAAAAAUAAACAAUUGGAUUGUGAAGGUAAAUCAUUAUUAAAACUUAAAGAAUUUAAAAUAUUUUGA